AUGAAGCCCAAGCGUAGAAAGAUAGCCACAAGGCAAUGGAUCAGGAGUGCUGUGGCCCACCGCACGAGGUCUACAGCCAUAAAGAAGAUGAUUCCGACGAAGAGGGACAGGCCACCUCUCCAGAAUCAGAACAGAGACAGGCCUUCCCAGGAUCUGGAGAACAUUGUCGGCUGCAGAAUUUCUCAUGGAUGGAAAGAAGGUAACGAGCCAGUCACCCACUGGAAGGCCAUUGUUCUGGAUCAACUGCCGACAAAUCCCUCUCUCUAUUUAGUGAAGUAUGAUGGGAUUGAUUGUGUCUACGGACUGGAGCUUCACAGCGACCAAAGGAUUUCACAACUUAAGAUCCUGCCUCAGAAAGUGUCAUUCCCUCAAGUUAGAGGCACCCACCUCGCAAGCACCAUCGUUGGCAGAGCAGUGGAACAUGAAUUUGAGGACAAAGAUGGCUCUCAGAAUGAGUGGAGGGGGGUGGUCCUAGCCCAGGUGCCCAUCACCAAGACCUGGUUUUACAUUACCUAUGAGAGAGAUCCGGUCUUGUACAUAUACCCACUCCUGGAUGAUUACAUUAACGGUAACCUCCACAUCAUUCCUGAGUUUCCGCCGGCAGAGGUGAAGUCAGAAGCAGACAGAAAUGUCUUACUAGGUCAGUGUGUGCGGUACACCAAAGGUGAUGGAAGCAAAAAGAUUGGCAAGGUCAUUUACCAAGUUCUAGCCAAACCUCCCACGCAUUUCAUCAAGUUCGAUGACGACACCCAUAUCUACGUCUAUGAUUUGGGGGAAAAAAAUCCUUUAAUAAGGAAUUCACAACGUGUGGGAAGGUAG